AUAGAUCACCAGAUCUGCCCAGGAGACACCAGGUGAGAGGCAGAUCCGGGCACAGAAACUGAUUGAUUGCUGUGUUUCCUCUCAGUGGAACCUCCUGGCUUCUGCUCACUUGUGGGGUUUGUGCCAGGCUGAGGAGACACAUGGGAAAUGCUUCCUACUGAAUCAGGGGCUCCUGGAGGAAGUGGCGACCUGGGUGGUCCCUGCCCUCCAGACCCCUCUCUACUGCCUGCCUGCCUUCUUAGACAGAGCAGGAUGAAGCUACUCACCAGCCUGGUCUUCUGCUCCCUGCUCCUGGGAGUCUGCCAUGGAGGGUUUUUUUCAUUUGUUCACGAGGCUUUCCAAGGGGCUGGGGACAUGUGGCGAGCCUACACUGACAUGAAGGAAGCUAACUGGAAAAACUCAGACAAAUACUUCCAUGCUCGGGGGAACUAUGAUGCUGCUCAAAGGGGUCCCGGGGGAGUCUGGGCUGCUGAGAAAAUCAGUGAUGGAAGAGAGGCCUUUCAGGAAUUCUUCGGCAGAGGACAUGAGGACACCAUUGCUGACCAGGAAGCCAACAGACAUGGCCGCAGUGGCAAAGACCCCAAUUACUACAGACCUCCUGGACUGCCUGACAAAUACUGAGCGUCCUCCUAUUAGCUCAGUAGGUUGUGCUGGGGGCCUGAGGGUGGGGUCUGGGCUUCUUCCUACCUAGGAACACUGAAGAUGCUCUCUGGGGAAACAUUGUAUAUCUCUCAUGUGUGUAUCCCACAAGGGUUUCAGAACUGAGUUACUCUUGCAGUAGUAACUGCUUGAGGAGGAGAGGGUAAUAAACAGAAACUUGGAAGUGGA